AUGCCAUCGCCGGAGCGCUUCAAGGUCCGCCUCCCCCGGCCGCCGGCGCCGACGGCAACGAGGGACUCCUCCCCCGUCUCUCUUCUUCUAGAUGAAUGCGGGACGAUCGAGGGCCUCAGGCAGGCGCACUGCCGGAUGAUCCGCGCGGGGGCCGCCCCCGGCGCGUCGGAGCGACGGCUGAUGGUCGUCUGGUGCUGCGCUCGCGCCCGUGAGCCGGGCGACAUGAAGUAUGCACGCCUCCUGUUCGAGGAAUGUCCCCAGGCAACGGACGUCUUCCUCUGGAAUACCGUCAUAAGGGGGUACUCUGGCUGCAACUCCCCUGAGCCUGCGGCGCUCACGUACCUGGAGAUGCGGCGGAGAGGCUUCGACCCCGACGACCACUCGCUCCCCUUCCUGCUCAAGUCCUUCACCCGCGAGACCGCCUCGCUGCUCGGGAAGGAGCUCCAUGCGCACGCGCUGAAAUUCGGGCUCGCUUCGAAUGCCUUCACCCAGAAUGCACUGAUACAUACCUACUGUCUCUCCGGUCAGGUCGACGCCGCCAGAGCCAUCUUCGACCGAAGCCUUGACCGGGACGUCAUCACAUGGAACGCCAUGAUCUCCGGUUACAACCGGAAUAAACGCUACGAGCUAUCCUGCAAGCUUUUCGACGAAAUGAAGAAGGUGAGACUGAAGCCGACGUGGGUCACCCUCCUCUCGGCCCUGUCGGCUUGCACGAAAUUGAAGCACCUCCGAGCUGGGGAGAGGCUCCAUCGCGAGAUGGAGGAGGCGCGGCUUGUGCCCGGCAAUCUGGUGCUGGAGAAUGCUCUGAUCGGCAUGUACGCCGAGUGUGGAGCCAUAGGCGCCGCACUCAAGUUGUUCGACGGCAUGAAGGUGAGAGACGUGAUAUCCUGGACGUCCGUAAUCAAGGGUCUCGCCGACUCGGGGGAGGUCGAUCGGGCUCGAUUCCUGUUCGAGGAAACGCCGCACAGGGACCUCAUCUGCUGGACCGCCAUGACCGACGGGUAUGUGAAGGCGAACCGGUUCAAGGAGGCCCUGGAGCUGUUCCGCCGGAUGCAAACGGUGGGGGUCAAGCCGGACGCUUUCACCAUCGUCGGGGUGCUCACAGCUUGUGCCCACCUGGGCGCCCUGGAGGCGGGAGAGUGGGUGAGGAUCUACGUCGGCCGGCGGAAGGUCCGCGCCGACGUCGCCGUUGGGAACGCGUUCAUCGACAUGUACUCCAAAUGCGGGGUCGUCGAGCGGGCUCUGGAGGUCUUCGGCGGGAUGGAGCGGCGGGACAAGUUCACCUGGACGGUGAUGAUCGUUGGCCUCGCGGUGAACGGGCGCGGGGAGGAAGCGCUCCACCUGUUCAUCGAGAUGCUCCGUGCGGGGGAGAAGCCCGACAGCGUGACGUACGUCGGGGUUCUCCAGGCCUGCGUUCACUCGGGCUUGGUGGGCAGGGGGAGGCGGCUCUUCUCCGGCAUGCUUCGCGGCGCGCACGGGGUCGCGCCGCAGGUGGCUCACUACGGCUGCAUGGUGGACCUGCUUGGGCGGGCCGGCCGUCUCCGAGAAGCCCUGGAGGUCAUCAACGGCAUGCCGAUGGCGCCCAAUUCGAUCGUGUGGGGAUCCCUCCUCGGCGCCUGCAGGCUGCACCGGGACCAGGAAAUGGCCGAGAUGGCCGCCGAGCGCCUCCUGGAGUUGGAACCGCGCGACAGCGCGGCAUACGUGCUCCUGGCGGAUCUCUACGCCAAGUGCAGCCGGUGGGAGGAGGUGCGGGGGGUGAGGGAGAAGAUCCUGGAGAAGAAAGGGGUCAAGAAGACCCCGGGCUGCAGCCUCAUCGAGAUGAACGGUGAGAUCCACGAAUUCGUCGCCGGGGAUGCGACCCAUUUGAGGUCUGUGGAGAUCAUGGCCAUGGCCGAGGAGAUGGACAGGGAAUUGAGACUGGCCGGGUAUGUGCCGGACAUGUCGGAGGUCUUCUUGGACGUGUUGUAG